UGUGUCUACGACUUUCCCUCAUUCUCAUUUCUGAUUUCUGAUUUCUCCACUGCGAAGCAAACCCAACCCUUCCAAACGAAGAAGUAACUGUAACUGCAACAGUAACCCACCAAAGCACUCGUCUCUCAUUGCUUUUACCACCUUUUUUACUUUGUUUCAUGAGUUGUGCCGUACGAGGAAGAGCGCUCUGUUUUCCUCGGAUACAUCAAGUUUGCUAAAAAAAAAACAAAAAAAAAACGAGGAGUUAUGGCCUCUUCAGGUCUGCUCGUUGCUGUUACUCUGUUCCAGGUGAUUACUUUUACUUCUUUGCUGAGAGCUGAGAAGACUGAUUCAGGUGUUCUUCUGAUAUCGGAUGUAAAAUCUGGGGAAAGGCAUUCUAAAGAAUACUGUGCAAUGUAUGAUAUAUGUGGAGAACGCAGCGAUGGGAAAGUUUUGAACUGUCCUUAUGGUUCCCCAUCUGUGAAGCCUGAUGACUUGCUUUCUGCAAAAAUCCAAAGCUUGUGUCCAACAAUAAGUGGAAAUGUGUGUUGUACGGAGGCUCAGUUUGACACAUUGCGGGCACAAGUUCAGCAAGCAAUACCAUUUCUUGUGGGCUGUCCAGCAUGCUUGAGGAACUUCUUGAAUCUUUUCUGUGAGCUUUCAUGUUCUCCAAAUCAGAGUCUAUUCAUCAAUGUUACUUCUACCUCCGAGGUUGAUGGCAACAUGACUGUGGAUGGAAUUGACUUUUUUGUAACUGAUACUUUUGGUGAAGAGCUUUUUGACUCCUGCAAGGAUGUAAAGUUUGGCACUAUGAAUACAAGGGCCAUAGACUUUAUUGGUGCCGGUGCUAAAAAUUUUAAAGAAUGGUUUGCAUUUAUCGGUCAGAAAGCAGCCCCUGGUUUUCCUGGUUCACCUUAUGUCAUUAAUUUUAAGUCAAGUGUUCCUGAUUCAUCUGCAAUGAUGCUAAUGAAUGUUUCCACGUAUCCAUGUGGUGACACCUCACUGGGUUGCUCUUGUGGCGAUUGCCCUUUAUCUCCUGUGUGCUCUAAUUUAGAACCGCCUACUCCACACAAAGAAGAUUCCUGCUCAAUUAGAAUUGGAUCAGUUAAGGUCACAUGUGUUGAACUUUCGUUAGUGAUCCUGUAUAUUGUUUUAGUUUCUGCAUUCUUUGGAUGGGGUUUGUUUAACCAGAAGAGAGAAAGGAGGAGGCAUCCAUCUAGCCUGGAACCAUUGUUGAAUGUUGCAGAUGAUGGUGAAAUUGAUAUUGAUAACCUGCGAAAGAAUGAGAAGCUUUUUGCAAAGGUGGAUUUUGAUUACUUUCAUCUUCAUGACCAUCAGGUGCAAGAUAUGGGCCCUCAAGGUUCAAAUGGCUUACAACUUUCUAUUGUUCAAGGGUAUAUGUCAAGCUUUUACAGGAGAUACGGAAUUUGGGUUGCUAGAAAUCCCACUCUUGUGCUCUGUUCCUCGUUGGCUAUUGUUCUUUUGCUUUGUAUAGGUUUAAUUGGUUUCAAGGUGGAGACUCGGCCGGAGAAGUUAUGGGUUGGUCGUGGAAGUAAGGCAGCAGAAGAGAAACAAUUCUUCGACACCCACCUUGCCCCCUUCUACAGAAUUGAACAGCUCAUAAUAGCGACCGUGCCUGAUCCACACCAUGGCGAGUCACCUGGUAUCGUUACAGAGGAUAAUAUUCAGUUACUCUUUGAAGUACAAAAAAAGGUUGAUGGGAUUUCUGCCAAUUAUUCAGGCUCAAUGGUAUCUCUAACUGACAUUUGCUUGAAGCCUCUUGGUGGGGAUUGUGCCACUCAAAGUAUUCUGCAGUAUUAUAAAAUGGAUCCUGAUAAUUAUGAUGACUUUGGAGGAAUACAGCAUGCAGAGUAUUGUUUUCAGCAUUACACUUCUGCAGACACUUGUUUGAGUGCAUUUAAGGCUCCACUUGAUCCAAGUACUGCCUUAGGAGGAUUUUCUGGGAACAAUUAUUCCAAGGCUUCUGCAUUUGUUAUUACCUACCCAGUUAAUAAUGCAAUUGAUGAAGUAGGCAAUGAGAAUGGACAAGCAGUGGCUUGGGAAAAAGCUUUCAUACAGUUAGCAAAGGAGGAGCUGCUGCCGAUGGUGCAGUCUAGCAAUCUUACUCUUUCAUUUUCAUCUGAAAGCUCAAUUGAGGAGGAAUUGAAAAGGGAAAGUACUGCAGAUGUUAUAACAAUAAUAGUAAGCUAUCUUGUAAUGUUUGCUUACGUAUCAGUGACAUUGGGAGACGCAUCUCAUUUAUCUUCCUUUUACCUCUCAUCCAAGGUGCUGCUUGGUCUUUCAGGCGUUUUGCUUGUUAUGCUUUCUGUCCUUUCAUCUGUAGGAUUUUUCAGUGCUGUUGGAGUUAAAUCCACGUUAAUCAUCAUGGAAGUCAUUCCUUUCCUAGUGUUGGCUGUUGGAGUGGAUAACAUGUGUAUACUGGUACAUUCUGUGAAACGGCAAUCAUUGGAGUUACCUUUAGAAGAACGUAUAAGUAAUGCACUGGUUGAAGUUGGUCCAUCUAUAACACUGGCCAGUUUAUCUGAGAUUGUGGCAUUUGCAGUUGGUGGUUUCAUUCCUAUGCCAGCUUGCCGUGUCUUCUCGAUGUUUGCAGCUUUGGCUGUUCUAGUGGACUUCCUUCUGCAAGUUACUGCCUUUGUUGCAUUGAUAGUUUUUGACUGUUUGAGAGCUGAGGAUAACAGGAUCGACUGUUUUCCAUGCAUAAAACUUCCUUCAUGUUCUGUUGAACCUAAUGGAGGCAUCAAUGAGAACAGAGCUGGAUUGCUUGCACGAUAUAUGAAGGAAGUUCAUGCACCCAUUCUUGGACUUUGGGGAGUUAAAUUUGUCGUCAUUGCUGUCUUUUUGGCUUUUACUUUAGCAAGCAUUGCAUUAAGUACAAGGAUCCAACCUGGUUUGGAGCAGCAGAUUGUUCUUCCCCGGGAUUCUUACCUGCAGGGGUAUUUCAAUAAUGUCUCAGAGUAUCUCAGAAUUGGACCACCUUUGUAUUUUGUUGUAAAGGAUUACAAUUACAGCUUGGAAUCAAGGCAAACAAACCAGUUAUGCUCCAUCAGCCAGUGUGAUUCAAACUCUCUUUUGAACGAGAUUUCACAAGCAUCUUUAGUGCCAGAAUCAACCUACAUAGCUAAGCCAGCUGCCUCAUGGCUUGAUGACUUUCUUGUCUGGUUGUCACCAGAGGCUUUUGGUUGUUGCCGGAAGUUUAUUAAUGGUUCUUAUUGUCCACCUGAUGAUCAGCCACCUUGCUGCUCACCUGAUGAUGGUCCUUGUGGCUUCGGUGGAGUUUGCAAAGACUGUACAACGUGCUUCCGCCACUCAGAUUUGGUUAAUGAUCGCCCAUCUACAGUACAAUUCAGGGAGAAGCUUCCGUGGUUCCUUAAUGCACUGCCAUCUGCUGAUUGUGCAAAGGGUGGUCAUGGGGCUUACACCAAUAGUGUGGAUCUGAAUGGUUAUGAGAGUGGUGUUAUACGAGCAUCCGAGUUUCGUACCUAUCACACCCCAGUUAACAAACAAGGUGACUUUGUCAAUGCAAUGCGAGCUGCACGGGAGUUUAGCUCUAGAGUUUCUAGUUCUUUGAAGAUGAAUAUCUUCCCAUACUCGGUAUUUUAUAUCUUCUUCGAGCAAUAUCUGGAUAUAUGGAAGAUAGCUUUGAUCAACAUUGCUAUAGCACUUGGUGCAAUAUUUAUUGUUUGUUUGGUUAUCACAUCCAGUUUAUGGAGUUCAGCAAUCAUUUUACUUGUUUUGGCGAUGAUCGUUGUUGAUCUCAUGGGUGUAAUGGCGAUUUUAGACAUCCAACUUAAUGCAGUCUCUGUUGUAAAUCUUAUAAUGUCAAUAGGGAUUGCUGUCGAAUUCUGUGUGCACAUAGCGCAUGCCUUCUUGUUAAGCCAUGGGGAUAGAAACCAACGGGCAAAGGAGGCAUUGAGUACCAUGGGCGCUUCUGUCUUCAGUGGAAUUACGCUUACCAAGCUAGUUGGAGUGCUUGUUCUUGGCUUCUCAAGAUCAGAAAUUUUUGUGGUGUAUUACUUCCAAAUGUACCUGGCAUUGGUCCUUAUUGGUUUCUUGCAUGGGCUUGUAUUUUUACCAGUCGUGUUGAGUGUGUUUGGUCCACCACCAAGAAUAAUCGUUGAGAACCGCCAAGUAGAUGAACCUUCUGCUUCGUCAGACAUAAGCUGAUUGGUACAGCCUGCCUUAUCUCGGCCGUCUUCUACGCUUGUUGUAAACUGAGUGGAAAACACAUUCCUACAGAUUAUUUUUACAAUGUAUUUUGCCUUUUUUGUACGAGUCAAUUUAUUUAAAGGAGGGGAAUAACCCAAGUAAACA